AACCGGUAUUAUGAAACACGGCUCUCGGUCACUAUAUAAUCAACCGACAAGACUUGCUUUUAUCAAUUACGCUAGGUUCUUGAAGUUUAAAAAGGAGCGAUAUUUAUACCCUACUUUCAGUUUGUAAAUUGUUAGUGUUAUUGUAAGAGCUUAUUUUUUUAAGGUUUAACUUCAAACAACUUUCUUUAUUCCGUCAAUUUUACCAGACAGUGAGAACGGAUUAAAGGAGAAACCAGAUUUUUAUUGUAAAUUAAGAUAAAUGUAGUAACAGCGUCACUUUUUUGUUCGGAUAAACAUGGAGUUACUGAUAGGAAUAUAUAUAUUUUUGCAAGGUUUUGGAAUAUCAUUUAUUAAUUGUGAUAUUAAACGCGCUUCUGUUGGAUUAAUUGAAAAUGCACCAAAGUAUGGAACUUAUCCGCAUAAAAGCUCAAAUGACCACUAUAUGGAUCCAUGCAAAGCAUAUAGUUUCUGGGGAGACAUUGCAAUGUCUGAAGAAGAAUACAAUGAAUUUAAAAAUCAAGAAUAUUUAGAAGAAAAGAUGGAGACGUCUAUUUAUGAUCUUCAAAUUGAAGAUCCUUCAAUAAUGUAUGGUGGGGGGAAAGGACCAUAUUCGCAUUUAGAUCAACUCACAGAAAAAGAAGAUCGUGAAAAGAAACUUAGUAAAUAUCAUAAAGAUAACAAGAAAAAGAAGAAAACGAGAAGAAGAUGUAAGAAAGGCGACACCUUGUGCAAAGAAAUGCGAAAGAAAGAGAAACAGAAAAGGAAAAAGGCACGUGAAAUAAAGAAACUUCAAAAAGAGGAAGAAAGACGACUAAGAAAAGAGAGACGAAAAGAAAGGAAAGAAAAAACAAAAGCGAUGAAACUAAAGAAGAGAAAAGAAAAUUCAAAAGACAUACCAGAACACAAAAAGAAAGACAAUGAUAUGUAUAAGAAAGAGAAAAAAGAAAAGGCAUUCUAUAAACCUCUUACUAAACAUAAAAAGACAGUAAGAACAAAAAGAGCAGCAACGGCGCGUCCAGAAAGAAUUUGGGAUUACGGUGUCAUUCCAUACGAGAUUGAGGCAAACUUCAGCGGUGCACAUAAGGCGUUGUUCAAGUUGGCCAUGCGGCAUUGGGAGAACUACACAUGUGUCACCUUUGUAGAACGUACACCGGAACAUAUGAACUACAUCGUGUUUACGGAGCGGCCGUGUGGGUGCUGUUCCUUCGUUGGAAAACGCGGAAAUGGUAAUCAAGCAAUCAGUAUUGGGAAAAACUGUGAUAAAUUUGGUAUAGUUGUGCACGAGUUAGGUCACGUGAUAGGAUUCUGGCACGAGCACACGAGACCUGAUCGAGAUGAGCACGUGAAAAUCAUUUACAAAAAUAUAAUGCCAGGUCAGCAAUAUAAUUUCAACAAGUUGACAUCACUGGAAGUAAAUUCACUCGGAGAAACUUACGAUUAUGGUAGUAUUAUGCACUACGCACGAAAUACUUUUGCCCGUGCAACGUAUGUAGAUACUAUCUUACCAAGAAAAAAGCCAAAUAUAGAAGUUCGACCUGAGAUAGGACAACGUGUGAGGCUGAGCCCUGGAGAUAUAGCCCAGGCUAACAAAUUAUACAGAUGCCCUUCUUGUGGUCGUACAUUACAAGACUCGAUUGGUCAGUUUUCUCAUGCCCCAACACCAGAAAAGGAGGAGCAGUGCCAGUGGAGAAUCUCCGCCACACACGGAGAAAAGAUCGUCCUUAAUAUAACCGCCCUUGACAUAGCAGUGACGGGCCGUCAUACUGAGAGCCCGGGUCGUCAUUCAGAGGGUGAUCAAUGUGAUACAGACUACCUCGAGAUCAGGGACGGACAUUACGUCAUGUCAAAACUUAUUGGACGUUUUUGUGGCGAUAAACUUCCAGGUACAUUGAUCUCAACAGACAGUCGCAUGUGGGUGGAGUACAGGACUAGCUCGGGAGGUGGUAAAGGCUUUGAAGCUAAAUACGAAGCCAUUUGCGGCGGUGAAAUACACAAAGAACAAGGUCAGUUGACGAGUCCAAACUACCCGGAUGACUAUAAACCGAACAAAGAAUGCGUCUGGAAAAUAACCGUACCUGAAGAUUACUCCGUAGCCGUUAAAUUCCAGUCAUUUGAGAUUGAAAAUCACGAUAAUUGUGUGUACGACUACCUCGAGAUCAGAGACGGUCAUGAGGACACUUCUCCGGUCAUCGGAAAAUACUGCGGCUAUAAAAUCCCAGAGGACAUUAAGUCCAAGACUAACAAAUUAUAUGUGAAGUUUGUGUCCGACGGGUCGGUGCAGAAAGCCGGCUUUGCUGCAAGCUUUGUCAAGGAAUAUGACGAAUGUGCGACUAACAAACACGGAUGUGACCACGAAUGUGUCAAUACGUUGGGCAGCUUCAAAUGUGAAUGCAAGAUCGGAUACGAGUUGCAUUCGGAUGGAAAGAAAUGCGAAGAUGCUUGCGGUGGAUAUAUAGACAAUACGAACGGUACGGUACAGAGUCCAUCAUUCCCGGAACUAUAUCCUCCCAACAAGAACUGUGUUUGGCAGAUAGAGGCACCGGAACAGUACAGGAUAACGCUUAACUUCUCUCACUUUGAGCUGGAAGGAAAUAACGUUAGUUUGAAUCAAAAUUGCGAGUACGACUCCGUGAAGAUAACGAGCGGUACCGGACCAGAGUCUGUGGUCAAUGGUAUGUACUGUGGCUCCACACUUCCUAUGCCAAUAACGUCAGAGAGCAACACACUCACCAUAGAGUUCAACUCGGACAACUCCGUCCAGAAGACCGGUUUCUUUGCUUCAUUCUUUACAGACAAAGACGAGUGUGCAGUGAACAACGGCGGAUGUCAGCAUAUAUGUAAGAAUACUGUAGGAAGCUACGAAUGUGCCUGUCACAAUGGGUUCACACUUCAUGAAAAUAAACAUGACUGCAAAGAAGGCGGAUGUCAGCAUGAAAUUACAGCGCCCUCUGGUGAAAUCAGCAGUCCAAAUUGGCCAGACUUUUAUCCAAGUCGGAAAGAUUGUGUGUGGCAUUUCUCCACAGUAAAUGGACAUAGGGUCAAAAUAAUAUUCGAAAACUUCGAACUUGAACAACAUCAGGAAUGUACAUACGAUCAUAUAGAAGUCUUUGACGGAAGUAACAACUACGCGACGAGCCUCGGACGAUUCUGCGGCGCCAAAAUUCCACAUCAGGUGAUCUCCACCGGAAAUGAACUCUAUAUCGUGUUCUACUCCGAUGCAUCGGUACAACGAAAAGGAUUCCAUGCAACACACACUACAGUGUGUGGUGGUAAAUUGGAAGCGACAGAACGACAAAAUCAGUUGUUCUCUCAUGCUCGAUAUGGCGACCAGAAUUACGAUAAUAAGCUGGAAUGUGACUGGAUCAUAGAAGCCAGAGAUGGGUACAAAAUUGACUUUUAUUUCAAUGCCUUCGAGAUCGAAGAUGAAACAGACUGCGGAUAUGACAAUGUAGAAGUUUUUGACGGACAGCACGAUACAGACACGCUGAUUGGUCGUUAUUGCGGAAGCACUCUACCUCCAGAAAUUUCUUCCACUGGACAGUUUUUAUUGGUCAGAUUUCGAUCUGACGACACGAUUAACUGGAAAGGAUUUUCUGCCGUCUAUUUGGAAGGAGAUCGUGCUUACCCGCACAGUAACAAUGUAAAAACUGUAGGCCUACCUUUGCCGUUCCAAACCUAAGGGAAUCAGAAAAUAUCUGUUUUCUGAAAAAAAUAAUAUUGAAAUUAGAUGCAGACGAGGAGUGUUCUGCCUUUGAAUCAAGUGGAGCGGAAGUGCAGCGCGCGAAUCUCACAAAUUGCAGACGACUGGCACAUGCUCUGAGAAAUAGAUCGUGGACGUUUGUAAAAAAAUAUUUGUAUAGUCAUAAUUGUUAUUGUUACAAACACUGAGUGGUUAGUGAAUGAUUGUGUAUAUUUAUUUAUUUGUAGGGAGAUAUACCCGACAAGUGUGAUUUAUAUCACAAAAUUGGUCGAAUGUGUUGUUUGUGUAAAAUGUUACGGUUAAAUAUAGAGGUCGACAUUUUGAUACGCGUACGCGAACGGGUACAUGUAAAAUAUUUUCAUGCAUAGCAAUAGGCGACCCUAAAAAAUGCCCAGUACUUUAAUGGAAAUCUGUACCAGUAUUUUAAUGGAAAUCUGUAUAACACGGGCGUCUAAGUAGACAGUUCACAUGUACCCGUGCGCGUACAGUCAUAUAUACGUACAGGUUUCAAAUAUCAACUUCUCAAUUGUAGUGUCUCGUGAUAAACUUACAAGCAACUGAUGCAUUUGAUUCAGGAAGCAAAUUGUCCAUACGUUUAAAUAAUUAUUUAAUCAAAGGGAGAUAAAUCGUAAUAGUAGAUUGUAAUAGAACGCAAUAACAAUUUUCUCAAAUUUCUGUCUGUACAAAACAAUAUGCAAGUUGAAACUUGGGCAUAUGCUACGUUUAAAUGGAUGUUUGAAUAGGUUGAUGUCUGAGCCGCAUCUUGGUGCGCUAUUUUCAGAUGAAAAUGGAAAAAAUUGUAAAAAAAAUACUCAUUCAUAGAUAAUGUUAACAAUUUCAGUAUUCUUGUAGGUAAAUUAUUUAUCAUCCAAGAUGAAAUACCAAAUAAAAGUUAAAAUCAGUAUUAAUAUAUAUGUAAGUACCCUGGACAUGCAGAAUAGUGAUUUUGCAGCUGAUUAUUUAGUUUAAUCAUAUUUUGUUGCCUUUGAACAAAUGACAACAUACGUAACACAUAGAUGACGGGUUAUAUAAGCAAAUGGGCGGAGCUAUAUUUUAUUCAUUACUCAAAUUCACGUUUUUAGCAUUUUGAGGUAGUUCUUCACGUUUGCCGUUUGGAUCAACAGUUUUUCAACCAUUUAGAAUUUAAUUAUAUCCUGAUUUUUCUAAACUUCAGAAUACACUUGAAAUUAUCUUUAUACUAAGUAUAUUGAAUAUAUAUAAAAUUAUAUUGAUAUUAUGAAUACUUAUAUUUGAAAAAAAAAUAGACUUCAAACAAAUUUUCGUAAUGGGCAUGUAUGGGAAAAUCACUUAAUUUGAUAACAUUUUCGCAAAUAUAACUUUUUCUACAAUGUAGAUUUUAAUGAAACUUUUAAUAGUCUUUAUUAAGUACAUGGUCUAUAAUAAAUAAUGUGAAAUAAAAUGUAUAGUCCCACGUGCUUGUUUUUUUGGGAACAUUUAACGUGUUAACGUUUUUAUAUCAUAUUUUAUCUUUAGAAAGAUAGUAACUGCUGUUUUAAUAAAUUCACUCACACGGUUUAACGGUUUUUAUUUCCGUAUACCGA